AAGACAGGAAGAUGGUGGCCGCAAAGAAGAGGAAAAAGUCGCUGGAGUCCAUCAACUUGAGGCUCCAACUCGUUAUGAAAAGUGGGAAGUACGUGCUGGGCUACAAGCAGACGCUGAAGAUGAUCAGGCAAGGCAAAGCGAAACUGGUCAUCCUGGCCAACAACUGCCCGGCCUUGAGGAAUUCAGAAAUCAAGUACUACACCAUGUUGGCCAAAACCAGUGUCCAUCACUACAGCAGCCAUAACAUCGAGUUGGGCAUGGCGUGCGGCAAGUACUACAGGGUGUGCACGCUGGCCGUCACUGACCCCGGGGAUGCUGAUAUGAUUAGAAGCAUGCCAUAA